GGGCGAGGCGCUUCUACAGUGGCAGUCAUGAAUUGAGAAGCAAAGUGUCACUCGCGGAUAUGUCAGGAAACUCACGACGAGAACAAGCCGCCGGGCGACACGAGCGGACCGAUAGUUCUUGGACGGAUCGCAGCAUCACCAGUCGACUCGGCACGGGAUACAGUAAUAUGGAAUCAAUCAGCCCGACCAGCAGCCACUUCAUGCCUGCAGUUUUCCGAGCCCGCACACGAAAAUUGGUCAAAGACGGCCGGGUCAACAAAUUCGCCAGCAAGAAACGAAUGAGCAGCACCCGAGGUCGUGACCGGGACUCCAACGCCGGCCGCGACUCCAUGGCCAUCACUGCCCUCUCCGACCAACCCCGCAACCCCGACGACUCCGCCGAGUAUCUCCCCUCCGGCCAACCCAAAUACGGCCGCCUGAAGGACUCUUCUCCCACACCCGGCCAAAAGCGCCGCCUCCCUCGAAAAUACUCCAAACAACGCCUCUGGAACCAAAUGGAAUUCCCUCGACCCAUGACCUCCGACCGCCUCUCCUCCCUCGGCGUCGAGCCCCGUCUCGGCCCGCCCACGCGCUCGUCGCAACAAGGAUUACCGCGAUGGUAUGCUCCGAGUUUCGUCGAGUCGCUGGAUACACUGAUCAAGUCGCGGUGU